CGCAAGCCACUCCCGGUGAGGUAUAUAUGGGAUGUGAGGAGGGUGCUGAAGCCCUCCAAAGACCCUUCCCAUUACCUCACUAACCGUUUACCUAUUGUCUCAUCAACACCAGAAAGUAGUUCAGCAUGCUCUCUAAAGACAGAUCCUCUUCUAUCCACACAUUCUUCUAUCCACUACAUUCACACAACACACAUCUUUUCCCAAAAUUCAAAUUUCAAAAUGACGUUCAACAACCAAUCCUCGGAGUCCCCCCCUGGAGGGGGGUUGGCACAGAUUCCCCCUGGGAGGACUACCCUUCUGGCUGCCGACCUGACAGGUGUCUUGAUAACUCCUUGAGCCUUUUUCUUCGCAAUUUCUGCAACAUUCGCGGUCUUCCUUCUAAUUUUCAUUCUGUGGAACACCAUUUCUCCUCCUCUAAAUCUCACCUUCUCUUCCUCACCGAAACACAUGUUUCUGAGGCUACUGACAGUAAUCUCUACUCUGUUCCCUCCUACUAUCUCUAUCCUAGAUUUCAAUCCAAAGCUGGAUGCUGCGUCUACGUGCGCAGCGACAUCACUUGCUCUCGUGCCCACAACCUUGACUCUCCUAAAUUUUCCACCAUCUGGCUAAGACUUCAUUGUCAUUCUCUUACUAAAUAUAUCUGUGCUGUUUAUAUCUCACCUAGCUCUACUAGCUAUGUAGAAUUCUUUGACUAUUUGAACUCUAAAAUGGAGACCCACUCUCCCUUUGCUGAAAUCUCCAUCUUGGGAGGUUUCAAUGUUCACCACCAGCUUUGGCUUUCAUCCUCUUUCACUGACCAGCCUGGUGAACAAGCCUACAACUUUGCUCUUCUCAACGACCUAGAGCAGUUGGUUCAGCACCAUACAAGUAUUCCCGACCGUCUUGGAGACAGACCUAACAUACUAGACCUCUUCCUUACCUCUAACCCUUCUACUUACUCUGUCAAACUGUUCUCUCCGUUGGGCUUUUCCGAUCACAACCUUAUUUCUGUAUCCUGUCCUAUCGCUCCUGUACAUCCUCUGGACCCACCGAAAAGGCGAUGCUUUUGGCAUUUUGCUUCAGCUGGGCGAGACGACCUGGGGAUGUACUUUUCCGAUUUCCCGUGGAAUGAUUACUGCUUCCAGGAGAGACCCCUCUGUGUGUGCCCAGCGCAUCACAGAGGUGAUUGUCUCUGGAAUGAAGGCAUACAUUCCACGUAAUUUCUCUACUCCUCAUGCUAGAAAGCCUUUUUUUUUUUUUUUUUUUUUUUUUUUUUUUACGUCUUGGCCUAUUGCGCCGGUAGGCUUCUUCCCGGUGGAUCCUGAUGGUCGGUCCAAGGCUUCUUCCCGGUGGGUCCUGAUGGUCGGCCCAGCCCGUUCUGGCGCAGGCGAGUGUUUAUAGUGGCGCCAUCUUGCAUUGGCUCAUGCUGCCCUCCCGGAGCUCAUUUUUAAUCCUAGAAUCUAGAGUCCGGGUUGAUAGGUGGUCUUCUGGACAGCAUGUGGGUAGUUUUAAGCCACUCGGCGGCGGCUGAAAAAUCCCAGCUUGGUGGCACCGGUCGGGGAUUGAACUCGCGUCCUCCUGAACGCGGUGGUGUUACUCUGUCGAUUCAGCCACCGCCUCCCCGAAUUUCAUCCCUCACGCUGGUAAUCUCUGGAACGAUCUUCCUUCAUCUGUAUUUCCUCCUGCCUACGACUUGAACUCCUUCAAGAGGAAGGUAUCAGGACACCUGUUCUCACGUAAUUAACUGCUCUUUCGGCCACCUCUUCGGAUUCCUUACAGAAGCAGCGAGUAGCUGGCUUUUUUUUAUUGUU